UUUCGGAGUUGCCAAUUCUCAACCCGUCGUCGACGACAGAUCCGCGGCAGUUGGACAGUCGCGGCAUCUCUGAGCACGAUGGAUUUUCUGCAGCGCCUUGCGCGGUUCUUGGACCGCCCGCUGUUUCCGUGGAAGAAGCUGAUCAUAGGCUUCUCCAUCGGACAAUACGUCUUCGAAGCGUUCCUUGGCUACCGUCAGUACAAGGUUCUGCAAAAGACGAAGCCGCCCAAAGUGCUUGAACACGAGGUGUCACAGGAAGUCUUCGACAAGAGCCAGGCAUACGGGCGGGCCAAGGCUAAGUUCACCGGCGUCAACGGACUUUACGGACAGCUUCAAAACCUCGCAUUCUACCACUUUGACGUUCUCCCGAAACUCUGGUCAUGGACAGGCAGUCUUCUUCUCCGCUUUGCCCCGGCGCGCUUCACUGGCGAGAUCUCUCACUCGAUCGUCUUCAUCCUAGCGUUCAUUGUGAUCCAGCAGAUCCUCUCGCUGCCAUCUAGCAUCUACAACACGUUCGUCCUGGAAGAGAAGUUCGGCUUCAACAAGCAGACACCCAAACUGUUCAUCAGCGAUCUGAUCAAGACCAACAUCCUGGCCUUUGUUCUUGCUCCUCCCAUCCUCGCCGGCUUCCUCUCCAUCAUCAAGAAGACCGGUAGUCAGUUCUUCUACUAUCUCUGGUUGUUUGGCGCCGCUCUGCAGGUUUUCAUGAUCACCAUCUAUCCGAUCGCCAUCUUGCCGCUCUUCAACAAGCUCUCUCCGUUGGAGGAGGGCAAGCUCAAGACGGACGUGGAGGACCUGGCCAAGAAGCUGAAGUUCCCGCUGCAUGAGCUGUACGUCAUUGACGGUAGCAAGCGUAGCGCUCACAGCAAUGCGUACUUCUUUGGCUUGCCUUGGAAGAAGCACAUCGUUAUUUACGAUACCUUGAUUGAAAAGAGCGAGAACGACGAGGUUGUUGCCGUGCUUGCCCACGAGCUUGGCCAUUGGAGCCUGGGCCACACCACCAAAUUGUUUGGUAUCUCUCAGGCGCACUUCUUCUACAUCUUUGCUCUGUUCUCGGUCUUUGUCAACAACAACUCUCUCUAUGCGGAUUUUGGCUUUUCCAACCAGCACCCCAUCAUCAUCGGGUUCCUCCUCUUCUCGGAUAUUCUUGGUCCCUUGGACAAUGUUAUCAAGCUGUUGAUGAACAUCUUGAGCCGCCGCUUCGAAUUCCAGGCUGACGCUUUUGCCAACAAGCUCGGGUACAACAUCCAGCUGGCGCGCUCCCUGAUCAAGUUGCAAAUUCAGAACCUCAGCACCAUGGAUGCCGACUGGAUGUUUGCCAGCUAUCACUUCUCGCACCCGAUCCUGACGGAGCGGUUGAAGGCGUUAAACUGGCAGCCCACAGAGAAGGUAGAAGCGAAGGGCGGUGACAAGACGGAGGACAAGGAGGGUAUUGCAACUGCAACUGGCAGGGAUGAGUUGUGAACAAGCAGCACAAGGAGAGCGGGUGUAAAGUUGUUGGCAUUCCGGGUCAGACGAGCUAGGAUAGUGAAGUGCAAUACUGUAUUAGACCUCUUGUAACAUCAACAACGAGGCGCCCAGGGCGAAUUCCAGAUCAAGAGUUGGAGGGAACGAUGACACGGAGUGCGAUUGACAUGUAUAACCCUAAC